AGAGAAGGGAACGUGUAAUUUUCAUUACACAACCAUUUUAAGAGAUAGGAACCUCCGUCACUCACCGCCACCGGCUCUCCCUCCGAUCAGGGCCACUUUGACCGCCGACAUGUCUCCGGCGGCAGGACUCAACGUCCCUCUCCUGGGCGAAUCCAAAGCGGCGCCGGCGCCGGCUUCGGUCCCCGGUGCGGUGUUCAAUGUGGCGACCAGCAUCGUCGGCGCCGGAAUCAUGUCGAUUCCGGCGAUCAUAAAGGUUCUCGGCGUGAUUCCUGCUCUCGUCAUGAUUCUCGUGGUGGCCGUGCUGGCUGAGCUAUCCGUCGACUUCCUCAUGCGCUUCACGCAUUCCGGCGAAACGACAACGUACGCCGGCGUCAUGAGGGAGGCGUUCGGAUCUCCGGGAGCGUUGGCGGCGCAACUUUGCGUCAUCGUCACCAACGUUGGGGGUUUAAUUCUCUACCUUAUCAUCAUCGGGGAUGUGCUGUCUGGGAAGCAAAAUGGAGGUGAAGUGCAUUUGGGUCUUUUGCAACAGUGGUUCGGAACUCACUGGUGGAAUUCCAGGGAAUUCGCUUUGUUUUUCACCUUGGUCUUUGUAAUGCUUCCAUUGGUAUUGUAUCGACGUGUAGAGUCAUUGAAGUACAGCUCUGCAGUGUCAACUCUUCUUGCAGUGGCUUUUGUUGGCAUAUGCUGUGGGUUGGCUAUAUCUGCUCUGGUGCAAGGAAAAACAAAAACUCCUAGAUUGUUUCCUAAGUUAGACUACCAAACCUCAUUCUUUGAUCUGUUCACUGCAGUUCCUGUUGUUGUCACAGCCUUCACAUUUCAUUUCAAUGUGCAUCCCAUUGGGUUUGAACUUGCCAAGCCAUCUCAAAUGACAAAAGCAGUUCGAUUGGCAUUGUUGCUUUGUGCUGUGAUCUACAUUACCACAGGCCUAUUUGGGUACCUGUUAUUCGGGGAUUCAACACAGUCAGACAUUCUCAUCAAUUUUGACCAGAAUGUUGAUUCCACGGUUGGUUCCUUGCUCAACGGUUUGGUCCGUGUAAGCUAUGCACUUCACAUCAUGCUGGUGUUUCCUCUCUUGAACUUCUCUUUAAGAGCCAACAUAGAUGAAGUUCUCUUCCCCAAGAAGCCUCAGCUAGCCACAGACAACAAAAGAUUUGUGAUCCUCACUCUGGUGCUACUUGUAUUCUCCUACCUUGCAGCUAUAGCAAUCCCAGAUAUUUGGUACUUCUUUCAGUUUCUUGGAUCAUCAUCCGCAGUGUGCCUUGCCUUCAUUUUCCCCGGCUCUAUUGUUUUAAGGGAUGUUCAUGGUAUAUCAACAAGAAGGGACAAAAUAAUAGCACUGGUUAUGAUUAUACUAGCUGUGGUGACAAGUGUGCUUGCUAUUUCCACCAACAUAUACAAUGCAUUUAGUAGCAAGUCAUAAUGCUACAUCUCUCAUUUCUCACCCUCUAUUAUUGUUUUUUAUUUAUUUUAAUUUUAUAGAAAAAUUUAUUUGGGGAGAGGGGGUGAAAGACAAAUAUAGUUUGUGAUGCUUGUGUUAUUUUUUUUUGUAUUUGGAUGGCUUGUUGUUUAUUGUAGAAUUCAUGUCUUGAGCAGCAUUGUUAUGUAUAUACUAAAUAUUGAAAGAAAUGAAAUCCAAAAGUCCACGUGAUUGGUGACGAAGUUUGA